UGCCAUCAAGCCGCGUCUGGCUGCCGUGCGCUGGUGCAGGUGCUCUAUUUCAUCGAGAGAGGAUGCGAAAGGAAAGAAGGGGAGGGAAAGAAUGAAGGGAACCGUCGGAGAAAAGUAUGCAGGGCAUGAUUAAAAGGGUAUCAACAGCUGACAGCGUGUCUAACGUCCAGGGGCUUGGCUAAGAAUGAUUUAUUGAAAGGGGCACUUUGAGAUAUGAUGAGGUUUCUUUCUGGUUGGCAAUAGUACUAUGAUUUGGUAUGUGGCCACUUUGAUAGCAAGUGUAUUCAGCACCAGAGGAACAGCUGCUCAAGGUGCCCACGGAGUCAGAGAGGAGCCCCAGUUUGUGACGGCCCGCGCUGGGGAGACCGUGAUUCUGGGAUGUGACGUGGCCCACCCACUCAACGGCCAGCCCUACGUGGUGGAAUGGUUCAAGUUUGGAGUUCCCAUCCCCUUCUUCAUCAACUUCCGCUUCUACCCUCCCCAUGUGGACCCCGAGUACGCCGGUCGAGCCAGCCUGCAUGGCAAGUCAUCUCUACGCAUUGAGAGGGUUCGCUCGGAAGACCAGGGCUGGUAUGAGUGCAAGGUCCUGAUGCUGGAGCAACAGUAUCACACCUUUCACAACGGCAGCUGGGUGCACCUCACAGUCAACGCUCCCCCAACUUUUACGGACACGCCACCGCAGUAUGUGGAGGCCAAAGAGGGGGGCAGCAUCACUCUGAGCUGCACGGCCUUUGGGAAUCCCAAACCUUCAGUCAGCUGGCUUAGGGAGGGUGACCCCGUACAGGACAGCAUCAAAUACAAGGUCAGUGAUGGCAGCCUGACGCUUGUUUCCAUCAGCCGUGAGGACAGGGGAGCGUACACAUGCCGAGCGUACAGCGAGCAGGGAGAGGCCAUCCAUACCACACGCUUACUCGUCCAAGGACCCCCAUUUAUUGUCUCACCGCCAGAGAACAUAACCGUAAACAUAUCCCAGGAUGCAUUCUUCACUUGUCAUGCUGAGGCAUAUCCUGGCAACCUAACGUACACCUGGUUCUGGGAGGAAGAUAACGUCUACUUCAAGAAUGACCUAAAGCGCAGAGUGAGUAUUCUGAUCGACGGUUCACUCAUCAUCUCCCAGGUGAAACCUGAGGAUGCUGGGAGAUACACCUGCAGCCCGAGUAACAGCCUUGGCCGCCCACCUUCUGCAUCAGCAUACCUGACAGUGCAUUACCCUGCCCGUGUGGUAAACAUGCCGCCCGUUAUUUACGUGGCCAUCGGACUGCCGGGGUACAUCCGCUGCCCGGUGGAUGCCAACCCGCCUGUCACUUCAGUGAAGUGGAAAAAAGAUGGCCUGCCUCUGCGGAUAGAGAAGUACCCUGGCUGGAGCCAAAUGGAAGAUGGGAGCAUUCGAGUGUCUGAGGUGACAGAGGACUCUCUCGGCACCUACACAUGCGUGCCUUACAAUAGCCUCGGUACAAUGGGACAGUCCCCUCCCGCCCCCCUGGUGCUAAAGGACCCACCCAAAUUUCUGGUGGUUCCUGGAGGGGAGUACAGGCAGGAGGCUGGUCGAGAACUGGUCAUCCCCUGUGAGGCAGAAGGAGACCCAUUCCCCAACAUUACAUGGAGAAAGGUAGGGAAGCCCAGCAGAAGCAAGCACAACGUCCUACCAAGAGGCAGCUUACAGUUCAAAUCUCUCAGCAAGGAGGACCACGGGGAGUGGGAGUGUGUCGCCUCCAAUGUCGCCACGAGCAUCACUGCCAGCACGCACCUCCUAGUAAUCGGCACAAGCCCACACGCCCCCGCCAAAGUCCACGUUUCGGUCUCGACGACCUCGGCCAACGUCUCGUGGGAAUCUGGUUACGAUGGCGGCUUUGAGCAGACAUUCUCAGUCUGGUACGGCCAUGUGGUGAAGAGGGAGCAGUUAGGACCGCAUGACUGGCUGUCCAUGCCUGUGCCCAGCGGGCAGCACUGGCUCCUGGUGCAAGGCCUGGAGCCCGAGACGGCCUACCAAUUCAGCGUCCUGGCCCAGAACAAGCUGGGAACAGGCCCGUUCAGCGAGGUCGUCACUGUGAACACACUAGUAUUUCCUAUAAGUACCCCAGAACCACUGGUGCUGCUUACCCCACCACGGUGCCUCACAGCCAACCGGACACAGCAGGGAGUCCUACUCACAUGGAUCCCUCCAGCCAAUCACACGUCGCCAAUUGAUCACUACAUCAUGGACUUCCGCCUCGGGGAGAGGUGGGAUGUACUUGAUGAUGCAAUCCCUGCUGGAGAGACAGAGCUCUUGGCUAGAGACCUGGUUCAGGAGGCCUGGUAUGAGUUCAGAGUGAUAGCGGUUAUGGAGGGCCUUGUCAGUGAGCCCAGUAAUGUAGUGGGAGUCUCUAGCACAGACUAUUUCCCGCCGCCUGAGGUGCCAGACGAGGGACUGGCGCGGCCGGUGGUGGCAGGCAUUGUGGCCACCAUCUGUUUCCUGGCAGCAGCCGUCCUCUUCAGCACACUAGCAGCCUGCUUCGUCAACAAACAGAGACGGCGUAAGCUCAAGAGGAGACGAGAUCCCCCUCUGUCUAUAACACACUGCAGAAAGAGCGUGGAGACUCCCUUCGUUGAUGGCCAACAUGACCCCUCCCCUCCCCGUCCCUCCCGUCUCUAUUGUGUUUCCUGCCACAGGAGUCCUCUUACCCCUCUACCUGGCAUAGAACCCUUCUGGGAAGGCCAGGAAAGGAGCAGCUACAGGCCUCCGCCUUCCAGUCCUCUGUCAUCUUCUGGAAAGAUAAGUCCAGAAAGCAUCCACUCCAUAGGACCUCCUUCAGAGUCUUCAGAGGAUGGAUUACGUGCUAAGAAGUUUCCUCAAAGUCCUGCCAAGGAGAAGGAGCUGUCCUUAUACAAGAAGACCAAGAGAGCAAUAAUUAGCAAGAAAUACAGCGUCUCUAAGCAUGAGGCGGAGGCUACCACACCAAUUGAAUUGAUCAGUCGUGGGCCAGAUGGGCGCUUUGUCAUGGAUCCCACAGAUAUGGAAACUCCGGUUAAGGCACGGCGCAUUGAGGGCUUCCCCUUUGUGGAGGAAUCUGACCUGUACCCUGAAUUUAGACAGUCAGAUGAAGAGAAUGACGAUCCAGGGCCAAUGCCACCUAUGAUGGCUACCCUCAGACCCCAUCAGAUCUCCCCCAUUUCUUCUAGCCAGGAGUCUUACUUGCAGCCCCCAGCCUACAGUCCCCGCUUUCAGAGGCCCAUGGAAGGCAUGACUAUCAUGGAGACCAGUCGACUCCAGGCUACAGGGCAGAUCCGUGGUGCUCCUCACUUCCGAGCCUUUUCCCAUGGUCAGUUCUACAGCUAUUUGGGAAGUCCAGGGGAACCUGAGCCUCCACCCCCCUUCUACAUGCCGGACACCAGCCCUCUCAGCUCAGUAAUGUCUUCUCCUCCUUACCACCUGGAGGGACCUUUCGGCCAUCCCACCAUUCCGGAGGAAAUCGGUGAGGGAGAGAUUCAGCAUUAUGCAGUCUCUGGCUACACCCUUCCCUUGGCACAUCCCUCCACCUCACGCUCUCCAGACAUCUGGCAACGACCCGAUUUCACCUUUGCCACAAUUGAGGGUCCUCACUUUAUUUUUCCACCCCCACACCCUUUGCAUCUUCAUCCAGAACCUCCCCUUCCUCCCCCUCUUGUUCUUCCACCUAGUGCUCUCCAGCCCUCCACCCUUCAAGUAUCUCCUUACCCUGGUAUCCUGCAGCUGGGGGCUCCAAAGUGCCGCCCCGGCAAGUCUCCCAGCAAGGUCAAGCCUCAGGGCCUUCCAGCCAAGCGUUUACCUAUGCAAGAGGCACAGAGUCUAGGGCAUCUAAGACACACAAGCCACGGUAUGGGUGUACCGGUAUUGCCUUACCCUGACCCAGUGUCUCACAUGGUUGGCCCAAGCUCGUUCGGAAGCCUGGACACCCGAUGGUACGAGCUUACACCCAGGCUUAGCCCCAGGCAGCCCCGUAGGAUGGAACCCAGCAUGGUUGUUCUCCAACCAUCCCGCCUCUCACCUCUAACUCAGAGCCCUAUUAGCUCUCACGAAGGCUCACCGGAGAUUGUAGUGCGACCCAGGCCCCGUCCCAGUGUCAUCCAACCCCCAAUCCCUCCUGAGAUGUCUGAGAUCACCCUUCAACCUCCGUCUUCAGCUAGCUUCUCUAGGAGGUCCUCGCCCUCCUCCUCUCCUGCUCAAGGCCAAGGUAGCCGAAGGGCAAGUCCCAGCUACCGAUCCCACAUGGCAUUUGCCACCUCAGUGGCAAGCUAUCCGUCACAGUCCCCUUCACCUCCUGUAGAAAGCAGCAACAUUUUUGGGCAGAUGCCAACCCAUAGGAGGACUGAGGAGGAGAUCCUUCCGUCAGAACCCUCUCCACCCCAGUUAUCAGCUUCAGGAAAACGUCGAGGUGCACCAAGUGGCUCUGCAGGGUCUGAGAGGAUAGAAGCACUGAGAUAUCAACGAGUGAAAAAAGUCAAGAAAGUCGGCAUCAACAAUAACAACUCCAAGACCAGACGAAAGAUGGGUGUGACCCCCUCUCAGACCCAGCAGCCCCACACCUCUCAGGUCCUCCAGCCAGAAGAAGCUCUCUACCUCCGCAAGAAGAAGAAAAAGUUGACUCGCCAGGACCCGUACGCCCGCUUCUCCGCUCUGCUGUACCGUCGCCCGCCCCGAGAAGACCAGAAAGCCAUUUUGGCUAGUAUGGACACCGCAGACCCAGACCACGCCACUCUCCUCUGAAGUCCCAGAGAUUACAGGCCACACUCUCCCCAAACUCUGAGCUCCUUCCACCUUCGCUCAGCCAGCCAACGUCUUCAUGUCCACACCGAGUCCAAUGGUUUACUCCUCUUCUCUGUUCCGUUACACUUAAUGUAUCACAAGAAAAUGCUUGUGUUCCAAGGUUUUGCUCCAGUUCAUUUACCUCAAAUUCAGAAAGAUCGAUCAAGUGCUUCAUUAUAUCUUUGGUAUUUAGU